AUGACAAACUUAUAUUUCCUCGAUAAGAGUGUUGAAAACCUUAUUAAUAAAUCACAACCAAAUCAAAGAAAAAUCCUUACAAAAUUAAAUUUAAACAAUACAAAUAGAUUAAAUUCAAGAUUAUCAAAUAAAGGUGGUCAAGGACAAGGACAAGGACAAGGAUCUCAACCUUCAUAUAUGAAUCCAACAUUUACAAGUAGUUCUAAUGUCAAAUCACCACGUCAAAGACAAUCAAUAAGAAAAGAGAAUAUAACUAGUACAACAACUAGGGCUCCAGCUCCAAGAAAAUCAACACCUUUGAGUAUCCUUGAACAAUCUUCAGUCCCAUUGAGACAAUAUACACUUGAUGAUUUUGAAAUUGGUAAAAAAUUGGGUAAAGGAAAAUUUGGUAAAGUUUAUUGUGUCCAAGAUAAGAAGACUGGAUUUAUAUGUGCAUUAAAAGUUAUGGAAAAGAAAGAGCUUAUGGAAUAUAAAGUUGAAAAACAAUUUAGAAGAGAAGUUGAAAUUCAAUCAAAUUUAAGACAUGAAAAUAUCUUGAGACUUUAUGGUUAUUUUCAUGAUUCAAAUAGAGUUUAUCUUAUAUUAGAAUAUGUUAUUUAUGGAGAAUUAUAUAAACAUCUAAAGAGGAAAAAACGAUAUAAUGAUAUUACUGCGUCAUAUUAUGUUUAUCAAAUGGCACAGGCUUUGAGCUACCUACAUUCAAAACAUAUAAUUCAUAGAGAUAUUAAACCUGAAAAUAUCUUGGUUGAUUUUGAUAAUAUUAUUAAAAUUAGUGAUUUUGGUUGGAGUGUUCAUGCCCCAAAUUCCAAGAGAUCAACAAUGUGUGGAACAUUAGAUUAUUUACCACCUGAAAUGGUUGAAGCAAAAGAUCAUGAUUCUAGAGUUGAUUCAUGGGCUUUGGGAGUAUUGUGUUUUGAAUUAUUAGUGGGGACACCACCUUUUGAAGAAGAAUUUAGAGAUUUAACAUAUAAAAGAAUUGCAAAAGUUGAUUUAAAAAUUCCUGCAUAUAUAAGUAAUGAUGCUUCAGAUUUAAUAAGGAAAUUAUUACAAUAUAAUCCUGAACAUAGAUUCCCAUUAGAUGAAGUUAAGAAUCAUCCAUGGAUUUUGAAGAAUAAAAAUUUAUGGCCAAAGAAGAGAUAG